CCCCAGCCCCCCUUCCAUCACUGCCUCUUUUGGGCUCAGACUGACCCCAGUGGAAAGAUGCAGUUAGAGAACAUGGUCCCCGGCGCGCUACCCAAGACCUUUUACAACCUCUCCUCUUCUGACAGUGCCAACAACAGCCCGAGGCCGCCGUCGCAGCUCGAUUAUCAAGAAGUGGACCGGGCCGAACCGGAGUCCAACAGCGCUCCCAAGAAAUACCUGGCGGCCGUGCAGGGGAACGGGAUGCUGGGCGACCCGCAGGGGGACGCGUUCGCUAAAGCCGGCCCCGACGGGAGGAAAGGCUCCCCGGUGCUCGCCGAGGACGAGCUGACCGGCGGCCGGCGGUACGGCUUAGACGAACUCGGUUCCGACCGCUAUUUCAUCUCGUCCUCUCAGGCGAGCACCGACAUGGCGAGUCCGUGUUCCCUCUUUCCGUACGCGGGGCAAACGGGCUCCGUGUACGCGGGCACCACCGGGUCCAGGUACCCGGCUUCGCUCCACUACGGAUCGGUUCUGCCGCCCGCCGGCUUUUCCUCGCCGUCCGUGUGUAGCGGCCGGAGUCAGUUCGGCAGCGCGGGCUACCAGUUCGGUCAGGGUCCCGGCUGCUUGUACCCGUCUUACCCCGGCGCCGGCAUCAGCUCCAUGUCUCUGGCCGGCCCCGGCGGCGGCCCCAGGGCGCAGGUGUAUCUCUGCAACCGGCCUCUGUGGCUCAAGUUCCACCGGCACCAGACCGAAAUGAUCAUCACGAAGCAGGGCAGACGGAUGUUCCCGUUCCUGAGCUUCAACAUCACCGGACUGAACCUCACGGCCCACUACAACGUCUUUGUAGAAGUUGUUCUGGCCGACCCCAAUCACUGGCGCUUUCAAGGGGGCAAAUGGGUCACUUGCGGCAAAGCAGACAAUAACAUGCAAGGCAACAAAAUGUAUGUUCAUCCCGAAUCCCCAAACACUGGCGCUCACUGGAUGAGGCAAGAAAUCUCUUUUGGCAAGUUGAAGCUGACAAACAACAAAGGGGCCAAUAAUAAUAACACACAGAUGAUAGUCCUGCAAUCUCUUCACAAAUACCAACCACGGCUGCACAUAGUUGAGGUGACGGAGGAUGGGGUUGAAGACAUGAGCAACGAGGCCCGAACUCAAACCUUCACCUUCCCUGAGAACCAGUUCAUAGCUGUCACUGCCUACCAGAACACAGAUAUCACCCAGCUGAAGAUUGACCACAACCCAUUUGCUAAGGGCUUUCGGGACAAUUAUGACUCAAUGUACACCGCGCCGGAGAGUGACAGGUUGACUCCAUCGCCGACAGAUUCUCCCCGAUCAACCCAAAUUGUGCCCGGGGCUCGCUACGCCAUGCAGCCUUUCUUUCAGGACCAGUUUGUCAACAACUUGCCGCAGAACCGCUUCUACAGCAGCGAACGGGCCGUGCCCCAAACCAACAGCCUCCUGUCCCCGCAGAGCGAGGACGCCACCGCUGCCGCCUCAGCCCAGCGCUGGUUUGUCCCCCCGGUCCAGCAGCCAGGCUCCAACAAGCUGGACCUGUCCUACGACAAUGACUAUUCCACCAGUAGUCUGCUGUCCUACGGCAUCAAACCUCUAUCCCUCCAGACGUCCCACGCCCUCAGCUACUACCCAGAUUCGGCCUUCGCCUCCAUGGCUGCGGGCUGGGGCACCAGAAGCGCCUACCAGCGCAAGAUGACCACAGCCUUGCCCUGGUCCCCUCGCCCAAGCCCGCCAGCCUUUCCAGAGGACCAGCUGGGGGCCACGAAAGACAAGCUGCCCGAGGAAACCGCACCGUCGGCAACCACCUGGAUGGAGACUUCUCACUCGCUGAAAUCGGUGGAUUCUAACGAUUCCAGCGUGUACUCCAUGGUGUGCAAGAGGCGCAGGAUGUCCCCUGGGGGCUCCAGCACGGAGAACUCUCCAACCAUCAAGUGUGAAGACUUGACCACUGAGGAUUACAAUAAGGACAACCCAAAAGGCAUGGGUUAUUACGCAUUCUACACAAGCCCCUAAGACUGUAAUUUAUUUCAACUAAAUAUAACUGAGUGCUCUCCAUUCCUUGUUAAUGUCUUUUUUUCUCUUUUCUCUAAAGGUGCCAAAGCUUAGUGUUGCUCCCCCAAGCAAGCUGCACAAGGUUAUUUUCCCAGGCCAACCCCUCUCUCAUACCCGAGCAGAAACAUGCAUAGUGAUUGUUGAUUUUAAACAAGCAUGUCCCUUUUUAAAUCCAUUUUCUUUUUUUAAAAA